UACCCCUUAUAAAUGGUGACCCCUUGAGCAAAUUUUUAUGCAUUGAAAAUAUUUCUGAGAAGGAAACCAUGGGUAGGCGAAAAAUCGAGAUGAAAAUGGUGAUGGAUAGCAGCUCGAGGCAAGUGACUUUCUCGAAGCGCCGAACAGGGCUGUUCAAGAAAGCGAACGAGCUCGCCACCCUUUGCGGCGCUCAAGUAGCCAUCGUGGUUUUCUCCCCCGGCGGCAAGCCUUACUCGUUCGGGCAUCCGAACGUCGAGACGGUGGCGGAGCGGUUUCUAAGUCAGGGCGGGAGACCGAAAGUUUCUAUUCCGGAUCAAGUUGUUGAUCAGUCGGCUGAAGUUAGAAAGCUCGGUCGACAACUCAACGCCCUUCUCAAGCGGCUGCAGGCGGAGAUGAAGGAAGGAGAGAUGCUCGAAGAGGCGAUCACGGCUAGGCGUCAAAAACUGAAGCACCGAAAACCUGCUAACGAACUCAACGUGGAUGAGCUUUUGGAGAUGAAGGAAUCAAUGGAGAAGCUUCGUGAGAAAAUCAGAGGUCGGAUUAGUGAGUUGGAAGCAUCGUAUUCUUUGCUGCUGCUGUCAAAAAUGGCCGUCCAACAAGCUUGAAUCAUAAAUAACUGGCUAAAAACACCAUGCUUUUAGAUCUCUGAAAUCAAAAUGCACAGGUAGAUGGUGGUUUGUUCUUGAAAAGAAUUUGAUCCAAAUUUCCCAAA